CACAGCUGGCCGAAGUAGUCUCAGCCUGUUGUGUGCGGCGAUGCUUGUUUGAUAAAUAUAAACAAAAGGUGAAAUAAUAUCGCAAACCUCCAAGCUAACAGUAGCCCCUUUCUGUUGUUGCAAUGCGAUUACCAUAAACUUCUGAAUAAGAGCGCCCUGCGAAUUUAAAGGCAGGAGGUAUUGACAGCUUCACUGCACUCAGAGGAGUGGAACAUGUCGAGGACACCAGGAGUGGGACCAUAACGGGGGGGAAAAACCACAGGCAGGAGAACUGCCUGUGGAAUAGCUGAUGAAGAUGAAGUCAAGGAGAGCCGGACCUCCUGAUGGGGGGUAUGGCUGGGUGGUGGUCAUAUCAGCCUUUUUCAUCAUGGGCCUUACUGCCGCUGUCCUCAAGAACUUCGGCAUCUUCUUCUUGGACAUCCAGAGACACUUCGGAGUCCUGGCCAGCACCACCUCCUGGAUCACCUCCACUACCAUUGCCAUGUUUCACCUAGGAGCUCCAGCAGCUUGUGCGCUGACCUUACUGUCCUCUCAGAGAGUGGUCAUCAUAGUUGGAGGCCUGCUGACUGCCUCUGGGAUGUUGCUGGCAUCCCUGGACCUCAGUCUGCCCUGGCUCUAUUUCACCAUGGGCAUCCUGCAAGGAAUUGGCAUUUCCUUCUCAUGGAUCCCUGCUAACAGCAUGGUGAGCCACUACUUUGUACGUUGGCGUCCCAUUGCUUACGCCAUUGCCAGCUCAGGGGAGUGUGUCUUCGCUAUCUUGUUCAGCCCGUUCUUCCAGUGGCUCAUUGAGACAUACACCUGGCAGGGCGCCUUGCUCAUCAUCGGAGGCCUUCAGCUCAACGUGUGUGUCUGCGGUGCUCUCAUGAGACCUCUGGAGGCGACCCAGUGCUCAAUUCAAGACACCAAGACCAGCCUAAAAGGAGAUUCUGCUGUGCUCGCACCAAAGAGGAAGGCUGCCUUCCAGUGCUCUCUGCUGAGAAAGCCUGAACUUAUUCUCUAUAUCAUGUUCGCCAUCUUGUCGGCUGCAGGUUUUUUCAUCCCACCUCUCUUUCUAGUGCCCUUUGCCAACAGUUUGGGGAUGGAUCGGUACUGGCCAGCCUCGAUCCUCUCUGUCCUUGCGCUGGCUGACCUGGUUGGAAGGCUGACUUGUGGGUGGGUAGCCAACAUGAGGCUGCUGAGGAACCUGCAGCUGCUCACCAUGGUGGCCACUCUCCUCGGGGUCGUGCUCCUGCUGCUGCCCAUCAGCCACAACUACUGGGUCAUCCUGGUGUUCGCCUCACUCCAUGGCUUCCUGUUCGGCUGCGUGGUGGCCAUUCACAUCAACUCCAUUGUGGACAUUGUAUCCCUGGAGGGAUUCGACAGCGGACUGGGGAUCUUUAUGCUUUUCAGAAGCAUUGGUGGCUUCAUCGGUCCACCUGCUGCAGGCUGGCUGGUGGACCAGACAAAUGACUACAGCUCUGCCUUCUACCUCUCAGGCCUGUGCCUUGUAUCAUCAGCAGUGUUUGUCGCCCUGGUCGACCACCUGGUUCAGAGGAGACAUGCUGUGGAGGGAGACGUCCCUUAACCAAUCAGCCAGCAGGACCACUUGGAAACAGGAAAAGUCAAGUGAGAGACACUGUUUCAUAAGAUAUUUUGACCUGGAUGAGCUUGAGGGGUUUAUGUCACGGGUGUAGGUAUCACUUUUUUUUAGAAACAUCUUGAGGAACAUGUCUUCAGACAGACACUCCAGGGACCAACAAGAAAUAUGAUCCUGUAUAGUUUUUACAACUUGCAAUUAAUUUUUUUUUUCAGUAAACUUCACAGAUUGCAUCAAAUUUAAAGUCUGGUUGCAAGAUGUUGCCACUCUGCAGGAUCUGGACUUUCUUAGUCCCCUGGAGGACUGUCACUUUUGAACAAAUAAAGAACCAAAGCCUACUAAGCUAAAACACUGCACAGCCACUAUAGCUGUGACUACAAAUGGUGCUUGUUCAAAGAAUUUGGCUUUAGAUACUGUAUUUUAUUGAGACCAAAAUCCCAUGAAAAGACCUAAACCAACAGCAUCUGACCUUCCUACCCCCUUUGUUUCUACUGAAGUCAGAUCUUUCACACUGACUGUCACACAUAUGUAGUUUCACUGUGGAAAAAAAGGCUCAGUCAUUUUUUAAAACAGCAUGUUACUGUAGUUUUUAGCCAGUGUUAUUCAAACAGGAGGAGACAGUGCACUUGUUGAUGACUAUUUUCAGGUGCAGGUUUGGUGUGCCUGUGAGUAUUUAUGGCAGCAGGAUGGUGUGGUCAUGUUAAUAGUAAUCUGUCAACAUGUCAGUCAGUGUAACUAUGUGGCUUUACUUAAUGGCACAGAGGACUGAGCUGUAUCAGUGAUACUUGUUAGAGAGAUGAAUAGGGUUUGGGUUUGGUCUUUUCAUGGGAUUUAUUAACAAUUAAAAGAAAGUAGAAUAUCACCUUAACCUUUAACAUUUUUUUUGCUACAGUAUGUAUGCAGUAUCACUACAUAUAAGUACUGAAUGAAUCAUUCAGGUGUAUUUAUCUUAUUUAUGCCCUUAACAGAGCCUUUUGACAACUUGUCAGUUGGGUUCUCCUGGGUUUGGGUUCUCCUAAAGUUAAAUAUUUCUGAAUAAGAACCAGUGUUUAAGUAUUAUUAUUUUUGUUACUUUCUUUGAAGCCAUAUGAAUCUGUAUAUCAUCAAAGCUGUUAACCACUUGUGGGUCAGGCAACAGUGGGGAGCCAGGACCUUUAAGGAAACUUUCCAGCUGUAUGUAACUCAGGUUUCUCUGAUAACAUAAAGUGUUGGUUUUCUGUUUUAUUGGUAUUUUGGCAGUGGUGCUAAAAGAGUGUAUUUUGAAAGUGUGUUUUUUGUUGGAGCCAUGAUGAGAUUACUCAUCUUGGCCCAUGAUCUUUUACGGAUGACUUGAGUUCCAGAUAACUUUUCUUAGCUUGAACAGAUUCUUUUGUGUUUUUACAUUUUACAUUGAAUUGCUGUGCAGAUUGUUUUAAAUAGAAGAGUCUUAUGUUUGACUUUCCCUGCUGCCUGUAUUCUUUGUAGUUUCUGCCUUCAGCUUUCCCAAAGCUAAAGACAGAUCCCAAACAGCCUGGUCAGCCUCUCAGGAGUUGCCCAGAGCAGACUGAAAGUUGAUACCAGGAUGAGGGUAUUUGAACAUCUUUUAGGAAUCUGUGGUAUGUGUUGUACAAAUUGCUCAGGAGUUACAAGUUCAGUUAUGCAAUGCAAUUCUCAAAUUAGUUACAGCUGGCUUCACAUUGUUUAAGUCAUGCCAGAACUUAAAGAAUUAGUCAAUUGAAAGAAAAAUAAUCUGCAUUUGUUUGAAUACUCGUGAGUCUACUUUUAAGCAGAAAUGCCAAGAAUUCACUGGUUCAAGCUUCUUAAAUGUGAAUUUGAUGAAUAUCUUUGAGUUUCGGACUGUUGGUCAGUCAAAGCCAUUUAAAUUGUAAUAGGCUUUUUUUUUUUUUUUU